AGACAAUGGGCUCCGGCGCAGCGACUACGCGCCCAGCAUUGGACGCGGUGAGCGUCGAGCAACGCAGCGUUCGGCGCGGCAACGAAAUGUGCGCCUGAGCAAGCGACGCACGCCAGAGCCUUAGAAACAGCUCGUUUCUAAGGCAACACCGCAUUCACUAGAGGCGCUUUUGUACCGCUUUGAAGCAUCGUACUCGUGGCUCAGUGGGGAGACUCGUUCCGGGCACCGCAGUGAACGGACGUGUUAUCAUGUGCUCCGACGGAGCGGCGUUGGCGGCCGCGAAGGGCCGCGGUAACAGGAAUGCUGUUUUUGAAGACGAGGAUUAUCAGGUGAUUUUGCCGCACUUGCCUACCGGUCGAAUCGUCCUUAAUACUGUUUUUUUACACGCGGACGUCCGUGGAAGACCGUACAAGGUUGAGGAUUUCCGCGACGCUCUGGUUCGUCUGGAACUGCUCCCCGAAGUAGUUGCUUUGGGGGCGUAUCAGAUGAAUGACGUGUGGGCGGUCAUGAUGAAGACGACUGAAGCCACAAAGAAACUGCUUGCUAUCCGAAGCAUCAUUGUCAAAGAACGGCGCUGUAUUGUCGUUGACCCCACCAAUCAAGGCGUGCGCUUGAAGUUACACUGGAUGCUGCCAAACGUGUCAGAUGAAGACAUCAGACAAGCUCUUGCCCCAUACGGAACGGUUACGGACGCGGCGAAAGAACGGUGGCGUGUUCAAGGGAUUUUGGACAAGGGCUCAACGACGCGGUCGGUGACCCUGCAGCUUAAGGCAGGUACUACAGUCGACGAUAUUCCGCACCAACUACGCAUAGCAGGGGAGCUCGUCCUUGCCGUCAUUCCGGGCCGCGCCCCUCUUUGCCUGCGGUGCCAUACAACCGGUCAUAUUCGCCGGGACUGUCGUGUUCCACGCUGCGAGGUCUGCCGCCGCUUCGGCCAUGAACGAUCUCAGUGCGUCAAGACAUACGCCGUCGUCGCAGGACCAACGAGAAGAGAAGAAGAGGUAUCUGAACACCUCAUGGAUGAGGCUGAAGUUGAAGAUAUUUCUCCGGUUAAGAGCGACAAGGUUGGCAACGCGGUCACACAGAAGCAGUCUCUCCACCCCAAAAACUUGUGCCCAGACAAGAAAACCAGCGACGAGACUGAUACUCGGGAAAAGACUGAAAACGGGGCGCCUGAAAAUCAGUUUCGCUACAGAACAGAGUGAA